AUGAGUGCAAGUGUAGCAGAUAAUGCUUCUGAAAGAGAAAUGAUUGAAUUUUCAGAAGAUGAACAUUUGAGUUUCUUUUAUAAUAUUGAUCAAGUAAAAUAAUUGUCCAGAUCUAGAUAUAUACUGAAUUACCAGGAGUUAUAUCUAAUUAUGGAACCUUUGCAUAAUCCUUAUUGAUUUGCAGAUAAUUAAGUAAUUAGAUUAUUAGGAAUUCAAUUGCAGAAGCAUAAGAAAAUGUAUAUAUAACAUAUAUAUAUAAAUUAGUUCAUUUUAAGAAAUAUUCCUAUUAAUGCAAUAAAUGAAAUAUAGGCUCAAACUAAUUUAAUAUUGAAUAGUAAUUUAAAUGAUGGAGGUAUUGAAGUUGAAACAUGUGAAUUAGAAGAAGAUUAGGAACCAGUAAAAAACAACAAUUAAUUUAGGAUCCAAUCUUUAGUGAUAGAUGGAGAAGAAAUAGAGUUAUAAUGAUGGCAGGUAUUAAUAUAAACUAAUUUUUAUAAAAAUAGAUAAUUAAGAAAAAAUUGAAAUUGAUGACAAAUUGAAUAAUGAUAAUAACAAAUCUGUUUCUAAAUCAAAAUUAUUUGAUACUAGAAAAAAUACUGUUAGACUUCCUACAACUCCACCUCCUCCUAAUUAGUUUGGACCUAAAUUAAUCUAAAUUUAUUAAGAAGAAUUUGAGGAUGAAUUUGAAGAUAAACUUAGAAAUGCUAAAUUAUAUGAAAUGAAGAAGAAGAAUGAAAUUGAAUAAAAAAAGAAAGAAGAUAAAUUAUAAAGUCAAGUAAAAGAUAUAAAAAUAAUACAAUUAGAUAGAAAAAAAGGAUGGAGCUACUUAAAAAUAUACUUAUGAUUUUGAUGGAAAGAUCAUAUUAGCUAGAGCAAUUAAAAUGGAUAAAUUGUAGCCUACCAAUUAAAAAUUGAGAGUUGAAUUAAAAGAUUAAACAAAAUAAGAUUAAUAACCAAAUAUUAAGAAGGGAGGAAGAAGGGAUUCUACAAAAAUUAACAAACCUAUAUGUCCAGAAUAGGAAAUACCUAAUAGAGUAUCUUAUUAACAUAUAAGGUUAUAUAAGAACGAAGGGAUGCUGCAAAAGAAGUUAUUGGAGAUAAAGCAUUAAGAGUGGAUAAGACUUCUUAAUUUCCUUAUGAAGUAUUUACAAUGAAUAAUGGAGUAAAAUUAUAUUUUGAACAAAAAAUGAAAGAAGGGGUAAGACAUUAAAUUAGUGAUUCAGCUGAAAAUUUAUAAAUAAAAUUAUCUGGUUCUAAUUUACUAUCUGGAGAAGAUGCAGCAUAAUUUGCAUCAUAAAUUAGAUUAACUAAGGCUGAAUACUAAUUAAUAACAGAUGCUCAAACUUUACAAUAAACUAGAUAAUAAUUCAUGCCAUCUGAAAAUAUUAAUAUUCUUGAUCAUGAUUAAUAAGUUACUCAAUAAUCCAUUUUAUUAAAAAAAAAUAAAGCAACUCUAAAUAAUAAUAAUCAUCUCUCAGAAUCUAAAUAAGUCUAAUUUAAUGCUGGAAAUUUAUAGUAAAAUCCAUUCAAACGAGAAAGUCCAAUAUUACAAUCUGCAUAGACUGAAAGAAUCUAACUUAAAAAUGUUAAAAUGAUUGAAAAUCUAUUAGUAACUGGUGUUCCUGAUACACCUAAAUCAUCAAAACCUGAUUAACCACCCAUAUCCAUACCUGAUAAUGCUUCUACGUAUUAUUCUUAAAUUAAUAAAGUAAUCCUAUCGAUAUCUUUAAUUAAUAAUUAUUAAAUUAAAAGGAAUAAGGUAAACAAGGUUAAAUUAAAACAUCAUACUUUCCUCCUGUUAAAUAAUAGAAAAGAUCAUUAGAAACUAAAGCAUACAAAGGUUCUUUAGAACAAAUGUAAAUUAUAAUAAAAAAUAUUAAAAUAGGUACAAAAUGCCAAGGGAGAGAUUAGUUGCUUAAACUGGAAGAACUGCUAUGAAUUUUUAUAAACAAAAUUCAGAUGGUAAAUAUAAUUAUUAUAUAUAUUUUAGGAACAAAGAAAAUUGCAAAAUCAAUUAGUGAUGGAUUUAUGCAAACAUUUUAUACCACUCAUACAAAAUUUAGUGAAAGACUUAGAUAAUGA